UGUAUAUUUUUUUGUCUUGAUCCAUUCGCUUCCCGCAGAGCUCGGACGUAGCCUUGCUCCCUAUUUCUAAUUUGAUCAACCUAUCUUUGGCAGCAAACCCACAUAUUUUUGACAGAAGAUGAAAAUUGAGUUGCCUAAGAAAUAUUAGGAUAUAAUUUCAAUCAUUUUGGUGCUGAGGAGAAGGCGAGAGCUUAGUUUUAUAUUGAGACAUCACGCCUGCUGCAAGCAGAGAAUGCUUUCCCCUGCCAGGACCUGAUGCAAUCCAUUCAAGCCAACAAGUUUGGAGAGAAUGUUGAGUUCAAUCAAUUCAGAACGUCGAGAUGGAGCCCAACUCACUCCAGUGGGUCGGCUCACCGUGUGGCUUGCACGGACCUUAUAUUUUCUAUAAGGCUUUUCAAUUCCACCUUGAAGGCAAACCAAGAAUCUUGUCCCUUGGCGACUUUUUCUUUGUAAGAUGUACGCCAAAGGAUCCGAUUUGCAUAGCGGAGCUCCAGCUGUUGUGGGAAGAAAGGACCAGCCGGCAACUUUUAUCCAGCUCGAAACUUUAUUUCCUCCCCGAAGACACUCCCCAGGGCAGAAAUAGCGACCAUGGCGAGGAUGAAGUCAUUGCUGUCUCGGAAAAAGUGAUUGUGAAAUUGGAGGACCUGGUGAAAUGGGCACACUCUGAUUUCUCCCAAUGGAGGUGUGGGCUCCGAGCCACACCCGUGAAAACAGAGCCUUUUGGAAGAAAUGGGCAGAAGGAGGCUUUGCUCAAAUACAGACAGACAACCCUCAACAGUGGGCUCAACUUCAAAGACGUUCUCAAGGAAAAGGCUGAUCUUGGGGAAGAUGCAGAAGAAACCAACGUGAUUGUUCUUAGCUACCCUCAGUACUGCCGGUACCGGUCCAUGCUUAAACGGAUCCAGGAUAAGCCAUCUUCCAUCCUCACGGACCAGUUUGCUUUAGCCCUGGGGGGCAUCGCAGUGGUCAGCAGAAACCCCCAGAUCCUGUACUGUCGGGAUACCUUUGACCACCCCACUCUCAUAGAAAACGAGAGCAUAUGCGAUGAAUUUGCGCCAAAUCUUAAAGGCAGACCUCGGAAAAAGAAAACAGGUCCCCAGAGAAGAGAGUCCUUCAGUGGUUCCAAGGACUCCAACAAUAACUGUGAUGGUAAAGCUAUCAAUAAGGUGAAAGGGGAGGCCAGGUCAGCCUUGACCAAGUCAAAGAAUAACCACAAUAACUGUAAGAAAGCCUCAAAUGAAGACAAGCCAAAGCUGUCCAUUGGUGAAGAGUGCAGGGCCGAUGAACAAGCCUUCUUAGUGGCGCUUUAUAAAUACAUGAAAGAAAGAAAAACGCCCAUAGAGCGAAUUCCCUACUUGGGUUUCAAACAGAUUAACCUUUGGACUAUGUUUCAAGCUGCUCAAAAACUGGGAGGAUAUGAAACAAUAACAGCCCGCCGUCAGUGGAAACAUAUUUAUGACGAGUUAGGUGGUAACCCUGGGAGCACCAGCGCGGCCACCUGCACUCGCAGGCACUACGAAAGGUUAAUCCUGCCAUAUGAAAGGUUCAUCAAGGGGGAAGAAGAUAAGCCUUUGCCGCCCAUCAAACCUCGGAAACAGGAAAACAAUUCGCAGGAAAAUGAGAACAAAACAAAAGUAUCCGGAACCAAGCGCAUCAAACAGGAAAUUCCCAAGAACAAGAAAGAAAAAGAAAACACCCCAAAGCCCCAAGAUACAUCUGAGGUUCCAUCAGAGCAAGGGAAGGAAGAAGAGACAGUGAGCCAGAAAAGCGUCCCAGAGCCUCUCCCAGCCCCAGAAGUAAAAAGGAAACCAGAAGGGCACAAGGAUCUUGCACCGAGGGCCCCAGUGGCCAGAGCAGACCCUGAAAAGUGCAAUGAAACCGACCAAGGUUCCAACAGUGAGAAGGAGGCGGAGGAGGUGGGCGACAAAGGCCUUGCCCCCCUGCUCCCAAGCCCUCCCCUGCCUCCUGAGAAAGAGCCAGCUCCAAUGCCUGGGGCUGGCAAACAGCCCGUUGCCUCCCCCAGUGCCCAGAUGGACUUAAAGCAAGAAACCAAACCCUGCUGCUUUACAGACAGCCCUGAAAGUGACCUCCAAGAAGCACCCUUUCCCAGCUUCCCCGCCACCCAGCCACCACUGGCAAGCCAAAACGAGGCCGAGGAAGAUAAGCUUCCAGCCAUGGCUAAUUACAUUGCCAACUGCACUGUGAAGGUGGACCAGCUGGGCAGUGACGACAUCCACACUGCCCUCAAGCAGACCCCGAAGGUCCUUGUGGUCCAAUCAUUUGACAUGUUCAAAGACAAAGACUUGACUGGGCCCAUGAACGAGAACCACGGACUCAAUUACACACCUCUGCUUUACUCCCGGGGCAACCCUGGCAUCAUGUCGCCGCUGGCCAAGAAAAAGCUUUUGUCUCAGGUGAGUGGGGCCAGCCUCUCCAGCAGCUAUCCCUACGGCUCCCCGCCCCCCUUGAUCAGCAAAAAGAAACUGAUUGCCAGGGACGAACUGUGCUCAGGUUUGUCCCAGACCCACCACAGCCAAAGCUCUGAGCACAUGGCCGUCAGCCGGCCAUCGGUAAUCCAACAUGUCCAGAGCAUCAAAAGCAAGGCCCCCGAGGAAAGAAAGAGCAUCAACGACAUCUUUAAGCAUGACAAACUGAGCCGGUCUGAUGCUCAUCGCUGCGGUUUCUCCAAGCACCAGCUCAGCUCCCUGGCAGACUCCUACAUCCUGAAACAAGAGACCCAGGAGGGCAAGGAUAAACUGUUAGAGAAAAGAGCAGCCCCUCACGCCCACGUGCCCAGCUUCCUGGCCGACUUCUACUCAUCGCCGCAUCUCCAUAACCUCUACCGUCACACGGAACACCAUCUUCAUAAUGAACAGUCGUCCAAGUAUGCCUCCAGGGACAUGUACCCAGAAUCUGAAAACAGCGCUUUUCUUUCUCACAAACACCCAGAGAAGGUCCACGUCAAUUAUCUCGCGUCUCUGCAUCUGCCAGAUAAGAAGCUGGCUGCCGCAGAAGCCUCUAUGGAUGAUCAGCCAACAGACCUGAGCCUUCCCAAGAACCCACACAAACUAACCAGCAAAGUCUUAGGCCUGGCCCACUCAGCCUCAGGGCCCCAGGAGAUCAAAGGCACCUCCCAGUUCCAGGUCAUCAGCAGCCAGAGUCGAGACUGUCACCCCAAAGCCUGCCGGGUAUCACCUAUGACCGCGUCGGCCCCUAAAAAAUACCCUGAGUCACUUGCAAGGUCAGGAAAGCCUCACCACGUGAGACUGGAGAACUUCAGAAAGAUGGAAGGCAUGGUCCAUCCCAUCCUGCACCGGAAGAUGAGCCCUCAAAACAUUGGGGCUGCACGCCCCAUAAAGCGCAGCCUGGAGGAUUUAGAUCUUGUGAUCGCUGGGAAAAAGGCCAGGGCUGUGUCUCCCUUGGACCCGGCGAAGGAGGCUUCUGGGAAAGAAAAGGCCUCGGAACAGGAGAGCGAGGGCAGCAAAGGAGCCUACGGUGGGCAUUCUGGGGCCACAUCGGAAGGUCACAAGCUUCCGCUCUCUUCCCCUAUCUUCCCAGGUUUGUAUUCUGGUAGCCUGUGUAACUCGGGCCUCAACUCCAGGCUCCCGGCAGGGUACUCCCAUUCUCUGCAGUACUUGAAGAACCAGACGGUGCUUUCUCCUCUCAUGCAGCCUCUGGCUUUCCACUCGCUCGUGAUGCAAAGAGGAAUUUUUACAUCGCCGACGAAUUCUCAGCAGCUGUACAGACACCUGGCCACAGCUACCCCCGUAGGAAGCUCCUACGGAGACCUGUUGCACAAUAGCAUCUACCCUUUAGCUGCUAUCAACCCUCAGGCUGCCUUCCCAGCUUCUCAGCUGUCAUCCAUUCACCCCAGCACAAAACUGUAAGCCUCA